AUGACGAUGUUCUUUGAGAGACGCUCCAGCACAGGAUCCGGUGGUCAGAAGAGAACGCUCCUGAGCACCAAGGGAUUCACACAGGACCUGUUCGACGACAUGGCUGCCUAUGGACUCUUCUCCGACUCUGACGAUAUGAGUGACUCUGACAGCUCCGUCACUCUCACCGGCUGUCAAGACUCCAGAAGCAUGUCUCAAUCCCAGAGAAUUCGUGUCCGUGUCUCCCUCAACCCACAGGGCAACGGCGUCCAGGUGUCCAGCACCCAGCCACGACGCUCUCGAAGUAAAGAACACAGUGAAACAGACACUACCAUCUCCAGGAUCGAGGCCAAUUCCACUGCUCUCCUUCGCAGGAAACGGGCGCCUUCACCAACGCCAUCCAUGACCUCAACUACGUCUACUGAAGAGACGGUCCGUCCCACCAGAAAGCGUAUAAACGUGACGAAGCCGACCAAGAAGUUCAAGGAGGUCGUACCAGUCAUCCAUAUUCCUGACUUCAAGGAAAAGACCUUUAGGGAGAUGUCUCCUCCUCGUCGUAUGGCUGAUCCUAUCGUCAUCGCUCCAAAGUUCAAGGCAUUGGUACGCAAGAAGGUAGCGGCUCCUGAAUUGAAGAAGGCGAUCAAGGAAGCUCCAGCUCCAACCAAGACGAAGGCGAAGGCUAAGAGAGUCCGUUUCGAAUUGACGCCCGAUCACAGGGAUCCCUCAAUGCCGAUGCCUGGUGCGGCCAAGCGUCUUUGA